AUGGUAUUCAAUUAUAUACACAACAGCAUAAGUUCUCUACUAUCUUCAGAUCACCGUUCAUUUGGUCACACAGGUAACCACAGAAAUAGUAACUCUGCUAGUUCCACUGUAUCGUCUGUCGUUGAUCACGUAGUGGGUGGCCAUCAGUGUCACAGGGAACAUCGUCAUGAACGGAUCGCUUUAAGAAGGGAACACAGAGCGGAGCGUAGGGAACUGCACAGGGAGCACCGCCUCGAGAGCAUCAAACUUCCCAGGAGAGGAAACCUCCCAGGGAACGACCACGACCAACACAAUGACCACAAUCACGAUUACCGCAACCAGAACCAUCGUCAUCGUCAUGGUUGUGGCCAUGGUUGUGGCCAUGAACCCGACAACCUUCAACACGACCGAUACACACCCUCCUCUUGGCCAUCCUCAACCUCCUCAACAACGACAUGCACUGCGGCUGCUGUCGGUAGUUCCAUGGACUGCUCGUCGCAACAAAGAACACAACCAGCAGUGCAUCAUCAAUACCGUGAAGAUGAUAUCGGAAGUGUUACACCCCCUCCCUAUACUGUCAGAGCUACAGAAUAUCACUACAAGAGAUGA